CGUAGCCGCCGUCGCAUCCGGAGGAUAUGUGACGCUGAUUUUGCGGUUUAAGUUGGUCGAACUAAGCCAGACAGGAUAGCUGCACUAGACUUAAAACAUUGUGGUGAGACAUACUGCACCCAACAGUUGUGAGCUGACGGCCGGGCCGACCAGACGCCCAACAUGUCGAAAAACGAGAAGACCAAGUCCAGCUUCCUGGACAAGGCGUUCCACAAAAAGCCGAAGAAGGGCGGCCGGCCCGCGUCGGUGCACGAGGCGGCCGAGGACACGGUGGACCAGGCGCCGGCCGCCACCACCGACGCUCUCACCGAGGCCGACGUGGAGCGGGAGUUCGAGAAGAUGCUGGACGACAUGAACCUGACUGAUGACAAGAAGACCCCGCUGAAGAACCAGGACAUCGACAAGAAGCGUCGCAUGCUCGCCAUGCACUACAAGGGCGCGGCACCGCAGCGCCAGCGAAGCCGGUUCGUCGCGCCGGCCGACUACACCAGCUACCUGUCGCAGCCGCUCAGCGUGCAGAAGACCAGCGAGUGUCUCGAGUCGCUGCGCAUCGCGCUCACCAACAACCCGCUCACCUGGGUGCAGGAGUUCGGCGAGACCGGGCUCAAGCAGCUGAUCGCCAUCCUCGGCGAGUGCUACCGUGGGGACAGCAAGUGGGACCGGGUGCAGCUGGAGUGCGUGCGCUGCCUCAAGUCGCUGAUGAACAGCACGCUGGGGCUGCGCCAGAUGCUGGCCGAGGAGGGCGCGCUGCCAGCUCUGGCGCGCAGCCUCGACCCGUCGCUGCCGCAGGUCAUGCACGAGGUGGUGCGCAUGCUCUCCGCCUUCGCCAUCGUGCCGCCGGACGGCCACCGGCGCACGCUCGACGCCAUCACGGCCAACGGCGAGCUGGUGCAGCGGCCGCGGUUCGCGCCGAUCGUGCAGGGCCUGAUGGACCGCAGCAACGGACAGCUACGGGUGUGCGUCAUGAUCCUGAUCAACGCCCUGGUCAGCUCGCCGGACGACCUCGACUUCCGCAUGCACCUGCGGAACGAGUUCAUGAGAGACGGCCUCAUCGACAUUCUUGAGACCAUGGCGGCCGACGAGGCUGACGGCCUGCAGAACCAGCUCAAGAUCUUCAACGAGCACAAGGAGGACGACCACGACGAGGUGUGCCAGCGCUUCGACACGAUUCGCCUGGAGCUGGACGAUCCCGAUCAGUGCUACACGCUGCUGCGCAACUCGCUGGCCGACUCGCCGGGCGAGCCGUACUUCCUGUCGGUGCUGCAGCACCUGCUUUGCAUUCGGGACGACCACAACGCGCGCAUGGCCUACCUGAAGCUGGUGGAGGAGUGCGUCUCCCAGAUCGUGCUGCACAAGUCGGGCGUCGACCCGGACUUCCGCGCCACACGCCGCUUCCAGCUGGACGUCGAGCCGCUGAUCGAGACGCUGGUGGAGCGCAGUCGUAAGGAGGAGGAGCGCGCCGCCGGCGAGCUCAACGCUAAGAUGGAGGAGAUGCUGACCAGCAAGCAGGAGACGGAGGCGCGGCUCUCGGCGUCGGAGCGGCUGGUGGCCGAACUACAGGCGCGGCUCGCCAGCGGCGCUGGCCCGCCAGGCUCGCUGGUCAUCCCCAGCGGUAUGCCGGGGGCGCCGACCGGCGGCGCGCGGCCGCCCGGGGUACCGCCGCCGCCGCCGCCGCCGCCCCCGCCGCCCGGGGCCGGAGGCAUACCGCCGCCGCCCCCGCCGCCGCCACCACCGCCGGGCUCGGGCAUACCGCCGCCGCCCCCGCCGCCGCCACCACCGCCGGGCUCGGGCAUACCGCCGCCGCCUCCUCCGCCUGGCUCGGGCAUACCGCCGCCGCCCCCGCCUCCAGGCGGCGGCCCGCCCCCGCCCCCGCCCCCGCCGCCGCCUGGCUCGGGACCGCCGCCGCCGCCGGGUAUGCCGCGGGCGCCGGCGCCGCCGCAGCUGCCCUACGGACUCAAGCCCAAGACCAAGUGGACCCUGGGCCAGAAUCUGAAGCGGGCCAACUGGAAAAAGAUUCUUCCAAACAACUUGAAAGAGAAUUCGUUCUGGGUCAAAGCCAACGAGGAGGCGUUGGCUGAUGAUGAGAUUCUGGAAGGUCUGAAGAGCAAGUUCGCGUCGAAGCCACCUCCUCAGAAGGCAGAAGUGGCCCAAGCAAACAACAAGGGAAAGAAGGGCAAGGAGCUGCGCGUGCUGGACGGCAAGGCGGCGCAGAACCUCUCGAUCAUGCUGGCCGGCUCGUUCAAGCACAUGUCGUUCGAGGAGGUGAAGCGCGCGGUGCUGCGCUGCGACGACUCGGUGCUCACCGACAGUCUGGUGGAGUCGCUCAUCCAGUUCUGUCCGACCGGCGACCAGCUGAAGAAGCUGGAGGCGCACCAGGACGACUACGAUGACCUGCCCGUCGCCGAGCAGUUCGCGCUCACGAUCGGCAGCAUAAAGCGGCUCCUCCCGCGCCUCAAUUCGAUGAGCUUCAAGCUGAAGUUCGAUGAGAUGGUGCAGGACAUUAAGCCGAGCGUUGUUUCGGCCACCGCCGCCUGUGAGGAGGUCAUGUCCAGCCAGAAGCUGGCCCGCCUGCUGGAGCUCAUCCUGCUGCUCGGCAACUACAUGAACGCCGGCUCCAGGAACGCUGAGGCGUUCGGCUUCGAGAUCAGCUACAUCACGAAGCUCAACAACACCAAGGACGUCCACAACAAGACGACGCUCAUCCACUACCUGGCCGAGGUGGUGGAGACGAAGCACCCCGAGCUGCUGGAGUUCCCCGGCGAGAUUCCGCACGCCCAGGCAGCCGCCAAGGUGUCCGCGGAGCAGGUGAAGGCGAUGAUUAACAAGAUGGAGAUUGGCACGAGGAACCUGGAGACGGACAUCAAGAACAACAAGGUGCCGCUGUGUGACGACGACAAGUUUCUGGACGUCAUGACCGAGUUCGCGGCCUCUGCCAGGGAGCAGGUCAACAUCCUGACCAGCAUGGCGCAGACGAUGACCGAACGCUUUGCCAGCAUCGCCGACUUCUUUGCGUUCGACCAGAAGAAGUACACCAUGGAGGACUUCUUCGGCGACAUCAGCACGUUUAUCAAGCAGUUCCAGGACGCCUACCAGGACAAUGUGAAGCUGCGCGAGACCGAGGCUAAGAUCCAGCGUGCCAAGGAGGCCAAGGCCAAGGCGGAACGUGAGCGCAACGAGAAGAAGUCACAGAAGCGCGCUAUCGAGGCCAUGAUGGAGGGUGGCGACAACCAGGAGGGCGUGAUGGACAGCCUGAUGGAGGCGCUGCAGUCGGGCUCCGCCUUCAGCCGCGACCAGCGCAAGAAGCGGCCCGCCCGGCCCGCCGGAGCUGAACGGCGCGCGCAGCUGAGUCGAAGCCGGUCGCGGCCGGGCCUGAACGGAGACGAGGACCACCGAGACGUGCCUAGAGAGGCAACCACCGAACCGGCGCCGGAAGAGCCGCUCCGCGUGGUGGGCGUGCGGCGCCGCUCCAACCAGCCGGGCGACGAGCGCAGCCGCGAGAAACGCGUCAACAGCACCAACAAGCUGCUGGACAGUCUGAUGGAGACGGGCUCCUAGCCGUGCCGGGCGACCGCCGGUGCCGCGGGCGGCGGCGGGAGGACGAGUAGGCGACCGAAGCGUGGAGGGAAGGGACUCGAUGUGGUAGAGGAACGGAGGGGGUAGGUCGGUAGGAGCUGCUCUGUCGGGCUUUAACUCCAAGGCGGACAACGCCGAGCGUGGAAGGUCCCUAAUAGCGGAUGGGGUCGCUGAGGUACACAAAUGGUCUGAGCUAGUGACGCGGCAGUCAUACCGUUUGAUG